AACAGAGCAUAGGUUAGUAAACGUUUGAUUUGUAUUCAAGUUCAAAUAUCAAAAAAUCCAGAGUACAGCCGAAGUAAUAUAUACUUUCUGUAAGUAAAUGCAAAAUGUUUGGUUUAAUUACGGCUUAUUUACAUCUUCCAAGGCCCGAAAUAUCUGUUAUCGAAUAUCCUGAAUUAGAUUCGAAAUGGCAUGAACUGUAUCCUUUAGAGGAAGAUAAAUUUAAAAUUAAUCUUAACGUUCAGCAUUUUAAACCGGAUGAAAUUUCUGUAAAAGUAGUAGAAGAAAGAAUCGUAAUCGUGGAAGGAAGACAUGAAGAAAAAAAGGAUGAUCAGGGGUAUGUAUCGAGACAUUUCACUAGAACAUAUGAGUUACCGCAGAAUUACGAUUUGAAGAAAAUUAAAUCUACAUUGUCCUCCGAUGGAGUUUUGAUAAUUACUGUACCAAAAUCAGAAAAUCGGAAAAACGGCAGCGCCUCUGAAGAAAAAAUGAUUCCGAUUUUAAAAACAAAAAAAUCUUUUAAGCAAGCUAGUAAUCACAUUAAUAUGAAACAUAAAUUAUAAACAAAUAGUUAUUUGUUCUAUCGUUUUGUGUGUUUGUAAAUAAGUGCGAAAUAUUUUAGGGGGAGGUUGUCGAAGUUAUUUUGUGAAAAAAGUUCAUAUAAGCGGAGGUCGAAAUAUGUUUCGUUUCCCAGAUGUUUAAAUUAAUUAUUUAUUUAUUUUUAUUAAUUAUUUCAGAGUUUUAAAGAUAUUGACUCGAAAUUUCAUGGCUGUAUUUUAUUUAAAAACAUUGACAGCAACCUCUAGUAGGUUGUAAUGUAAUGUAUCAAUAGAAAUUAAAAAUACACAACUUGCAAUAAAAUAUGUUUUUUCCUCAAAAACGGUGGAUUCUACGA